GACUGACAGGCCCCCGAGGGGACCCAGGCAGCCCAGGCAGCAACGGGCUCCCGGGGGAGAAGGGAGCCCAGGGGGAGUGUGCAGUGGCACCCCGUUCGGCCUUCAGCGCAAAGCGCUCCGAGUCCCGCAGCCCACCGCUGCCCGACGAGCCCAUCGUCUUCGACAUUGUCCUGAUUAACGAGCAAGGCCACUAUGACAGCAACACCGGCAAGUUCAUGUGCGAAAUCCCAGGGUUAUACUACUUCACCGUGCACGCCACCGUCUAUCGGAUGAGCCUCCAGUUCGACAUCAUGAAGAACGGCAAGUCGGUUGCCUCCUUCUUCCAGUUUUACGGCAACUGGCCCAAGCCGACCUCUCUGUCCGGAGGCAGCCUGGUACGGCUGGAACCUGAGGACGAAGUCUGGGUGCAGGUGACAGUGGGCGAGUACACUGGCUUCUACUCCAGUGUGAAAACAGACAGCAUCUUCACCGGGUUCCUCGUCUAUUCCUACUGGCAGAACUCCCCCGUCUUUGCCUGAGAGGCAGACCAGGAAAUCAGCCAGCAUCCUAAAGUCUCACAUCCUGGGACUGGUUUAUGUCAAGAGCCCCAAGUCCCUUUCUGACCUGGGGGUGCAAUACCCUUUAGCUGACCCUAUUGAAACUAGGAGAUUAGGAGGGGACGGGUCUCUGUUAAUCCCUGGUGGCCCGGAGCACCAUAGAGAAACCAAUAUUUUUCUCCAGCAUCACCCUAAUGCAGGUAGUCCUCCACUUACAACCCAAACGUCCACUGCUAAGCAAAGCAGUUGUUAAGUGGCUCACACUCCAUUUUACAGCCAUUUGUGUCGCUGGGGUUUAGCAAAUCACUGCAGGCCUAAAUGAUUCUUGCAAACUGGGCUUCCCCCAUUUGACUUUGCCAGAAACGGGCUAGGAAGGUGGCAAAUUUUUGGUCUUAUGUCCUUGGGAGGCUGCAACCAUUACAAAUACACACCAGGUCCCAAGAGCCCGAAUUUUGAUCCCAAAGUUCUGUGACAGAAUGAGGACUGGUUUUAAGCCACUUUCUUCAGCGCCGUCGUGACAGCCGCUAAGCAAAUGGUCGUAGGUGCGAGGGGUCUCUUCUAAAGGGAAGGAGCUCCAUCCCACCUCUUUCUUCCCUGAAAUCAGAAGUCCUCCAAAGGGUGGGCUUUCGGCUUUCGGCCAAUUCUUCAGCUCUCUCUCUCCAUGAAAAGAGGUUUAAUUUCCAACCCCUCUUUGGCCACGAAGCCCCUUCCUGAUUUCAGAGGUUUUUAUGGGGAGGAGUGCAGGGACCAAAAUCCUCAUGACAAUUGUGGAAAUUAUGGUGACCAAACAGAGCUGUGCCACCCAAAGCUACAGAUGGCCCUCUCC